UGUAUCCGCACCAUGGAAAACAAGGAGAUGGUUGAUAGUUUUAUCGAGACUGGUAAUCGCCUUAACGACAAGCCGCGCCGCACUCGCAAGCGUUGCGAGCGCCCCAUGCUUGGCUUUAGAAAUACUGGCAACAGCAAGCUCCGCACCAAGGCCGGUGUCAGGUUUGUUGACAGAUUGCUAGGGCGCGAGUACGAGCUGGGCAAUGCGGAGACAUUAUGGCCUCUAUCCGCCUUUGGAACCUCAGAUGAGGUAGGUGAUAAAUGGGACAUGGGCCGGGCAAACUGCCUCUACAAAACUCGAUGGGAGGAGCAGAACCAACUCAGAAGAGCCCAACCCUGCCGCCCCUUCGCAAUCUACGUGUUCAAGUACGACUUGGCAGGUGGAAAGAACAUGGCUAUACGCUUAAUCUCGCCCGAAAUCUGGAAAAUAAGCAGCCACAGCUCUCCAGCGAUGCCAACCAUCUCACGACCCUCAUUCCCAGAGUGGACGUUGGCGACCCUCUAA